AUGGCAGAAGCUAGGUCUUCAGAGAUUAAAAGAUCCCGAAUAAGUUUGUCACUCGGUAAAAAGAGGAAACAAAAAGGAACAACAAAAAAAGUGGAAGAGAAAGGAACACCAUCUAUACCUUCAGCAUCCUCCAUUACUUCCUUUUUUAACAAUGUUCCCCCAGCCAAAAUUACCUGUCCCAUGUGUGGGCAAAUGGUGCCAAGGUAUGGAAUAAAUAAGCACAUGGAUGAAACAUGUCAGAAAAACCAUAGUGAGAUUGGCAUCAAGUCAACACUCAACUCUUUUAGGAAUGAGAGUCCCUCAGCUGCAAAUGUGAACAAUAAUUCCAGCUUAUAUAUUUCCAAAACCCUCUUAAAUCUAGAAACAAGUCCUCCCAAAAGCAGUUUAUGGAAAACAGAAGGGAGUGCAGCGCAACAGAUUAGUCCUUAUUUUAGCAAUAAUCAUUCAGUCUGUAGUGUUAACAAUGAGCCACAGGCUCAAACAGUUAAAAUAGUCUCUUUGGGAACCUUGUCAUCUAAACUGUCCAGAAGACGACAUAUCCAGGGAGGAAAACAGAUUGUGUAUAAAGAGAUCAACUCUUCACCUCCAACUGCUCACGAUACGUGCAAAAGUGCUGCAGCACAGGAUGAUGAUAUUUAUGCUGGGCAUAGUUCUCAGAAAGAAAAUCAGCUUGCUCAGAGAGACCACCAGGAACAAAACUUUUCAAAGAAGGAACCUGAAUUUCAAGAAGAAAUAAAGAAAUGUAAUGGAAAAGACCUUGUGGAUAUUAUUCAGGUAUCAUUACCAACUGAUAAGGUUAAUGGCAAAGGGUUACCAAUUGGUACAAGGAGCACCAAAACAGAAAGUAGAUCUGAAGGUGUGAUACUUAGCCCUGAUAAAUUUGAAACACAUCUAGCCAUUUAUACUUCAGCAGAGCUGACCAAUAGUUUGGAAGUCAAGACUCAGCCUCACACUCAGGUUAUUCCUUCUUCCAAGACAGAAGAGAACUGGGGUACACAAAAUCGCUUUAGCAAGGGUGAUAUACAGCUACUUCCUGUGGAAGUUCGUGAAGGCUUUAAAGAUGAGAUUAAUCAUACUUUGUCAGAAACUAUGGAGGAGGUAGAAUUUCAAAAUUCCAUUGGAGACAUUUUAGAUAAAAUAACUGAGGUUAGCUCUGUGCCCAGCUCUCCUGGUCAUCCAUAUUAUCUCCAGAAUUUUUUAGUGGUGCUGCGAGCAGUCUUGGAGAACGAAGAUGAUGUCAGACUCUUUGAUGAGCAAGACAUGAACAUUAUUACUAAGUUCUGCAAAUUAUCAGUUGGUGGGCAGAAGUUAUAUGUGAGACUUUUUCAACGCAAGCUGAACUGGUUAAAAGUGAACAAAAUAGAGUAUGGAGAGAUAAGUAUGGAUUUGUCACCAAUAAUUGAAGAACUGGCUGAAGCCAGAUUUCUGCAAACAGAAUCUGAACUGGAAGACCUGUGUGAAGGGUUGGAUUUGCUUUCAGUGCCUGAGCUAAAAACAUUGGCAAAGAUCUUUCACUUGCCAAACCCAAAUGGUCAGAAACAGCAACUUGUGGAUGAUUUUCUGAGGUUGGCAAAACAACGUUCAGUCUUCAGCAAGAGUCAGGCUGGUAUUGGGACAGUGAUUUUAAAAAGGGUGAAGGAGCUGGCUGGAAAAUCUGUCAGGGUCUGUAAAGGCCCUCGAGCUGUCUUUUCUCGAAUUCUGCUGCUAUUUUCACUGUCUGAGUCCAUGGAGGAUGAAGAAGCUGGUAGUGCUGGUCAAGGCCAGCUCUCCACAGUCCUUAUGGUAAACAUGGGGCGUAUGAUAUUCCCCAGUUACACUGUAAAUAGGAAAAAACAGGUCUUCCAGGACAGAGAAGAUCUUAUCAGGUAUGCAACUGCUGCUCAUCUGUCAAAUGAUAUAGCCACUGCAAUGGUAAAUGGGAACUGGGAAGAAGCUAAUCAUCUAUAUACGUGUGCUAAAGAAACCUGGAACAAACUGAAAAAUCACCCCUCUUUGAGCUAUCACCGAGUCUUACCUGAGUAUCUGCGACAUUUCACAGUUGGCUGGGUGUAUACAAGAAUCCUGUCGCAAGGUGUUGAAAUUUUGCAGAGACUUCACAUGUAUGAGGAAGCGGUGGAGGAGCUGCAGACUCUUCUGUCUCAGGAUGUGUAUUGUACUGACUGCAGAGGGCGAUGGUGGGAUCGCCUAGCUCUGAAUUUACAUCAGCACUUGAAAAACACUAAGAAGGCCAUUGACUGCAUUAGAAAUGGACUGGCAGACCCGUUUGUACGUACUGGGCAUCGUCUCUCUCUCUACCAGCGGGCCCUUCGAAUCAGAGAUUCACCAAGCUGCAAGCAGUUUAGAUGCCUGUUUCAUGAUCUGCCAGUCAUAACUGUGGAGGAUGUGACACAUGUUACAAUCAAAGGAAAGAUGUGUCCUCAAAUGGGAAUGGGAAAAUCUGUAUUUCUAAUGGAGGAUAUUGGUGAUGAAGAAGGUGAUGAAGACUUCAGUGUAUCCACAGUCAUGUGUUCAGUUGAGGAGCUGGCGCUAACUCAUUACAGGCAGAAUGGUUUUGAUCAGG